CGUACGGGGCGUGGCAUCUACUCGUGCGUGCGCUGUUGCGUGACGAAAGGCGCGCAACUUGAUGACGAAGAACACAAGUGACCUGACGACGGGAAGAUGGCGGAGUACCUAGCGUCCAUUUUUGGUACAGAGAAAGACAAGGUCAACUGCUCCUUCUACUUUAAGAUUGGAGCAUGUCGACAUGGCGAUCGCUGUUCCAGACUCCAUAAUAAACCAACUUUUAGCCAGACUAUCUUGAUUCAAAACAUUUACCGUAACCCUCAGAACAGUGCUCAGACAGCCGAUGCAUCUCGCUCGCUUUUGUUCCUAGGUGCCGUGAGCGAUGUGGAAAUGCAGGAGCAUUAUGAUGAGUUUUUCGAGGAAGUCUUCACGGAAAUGGAGGAGAAGUACGGCGAGGUGGAGGAGAUGAACGUGUGCGAUAAUCUGGGCGAUCACCUCGUCGGCAAUGUUUAUGUGAAGUUUCGGCGUGAGGAGGAUGCUGAGAAAGCUGUGAUGGACCUGAAUAACCGCUGGUUUAACAGUCAGCCCAUCCAUGCUGAACUGUCCCCGGUUACUGACUUCAGAGAAGCCUGCUGCAGGCAGUAUGAAAUGGGGGAGUGCACUCGAGGUGGCUUCUGUAAUUUCAUGCACCUUAAGCCGAUCUCUCGCGAGCUGAGGAGGGAACUGUACGGACGCCGUAGGAAAAGGCACCGCUCUCGUUCUCGGUCUCGUGAGCGUCGCUCUCGUUCUCGGGACCGCGGCCGCCGUGACCGGGAGAGGAGGAGGUCAAGGGAUCGUGAACGUUCCGGGAGGUUUUGAGUCAUGUGAACGCUUUUUUGGUUUUUACCCUUCGGUGUAGUGCUCUCCCUCCCCAAAACGACCAGCGUUUGCUUGGAACAUUGGACUUUGUUCUGUACCUUACAUUUACCCUUUACCCCUCCUCUUUUUUUUUUUUUUUUUUUAUUAAGAUUACAUGAAUAUGAAAACUCAGUUUCUCAAUAAAAGUACAUUGUUAUUAA